CUGCCUUGUUCUCCCUCUCUCUCUCUGCUACUACCACAUUCAGUAAAGGCCACUGAAUACCGAUGCAUGCCCGGCGAGUGCAUGCAGAAAUAAAUGGCCCCGAUUUCCCCUUUGUCCGCUCCGCUCCUCGCUCUGACCUGACGGGGACGGGGUGAAUUGUAUCCUUGCUCCUCGCGCCAUUGCCCCUUGUUGCAGUCCUCUCGGACCUCUGCCCUUUGUUCCUCUCUGCUUGUCUCCUUCUCCUCCCUGCCGUGUCCUCCCACUCCUCUCUGCCUGGCCUCCUCCUCCACCCCCGUCUAUUUAAGCCUCCUGCCUUGGUUUGUUCAUUGGAUUUCCCCUCUGCAGUUUGCACCACGCAGUCGCGAGCCAAAACCUCAGAGACGGCCGCCGUAUAAAUCGCCCGUCGUCCACCACGCCACGGCCGGCAUCGGGGAGAUAGAUAGAUAGAUAGAUAGACACGGAAAGGAGGCGACUUUGCUUGCUUGCUUCGUGAACCGAGCGGGAUCGCCGAGCGGAGCGGGCGGCAGCGCUGGCGAGGCUGAUGGUCCACCAGGACGAAGGCUCCUCCUCGUCGGUCACCUCCUCCCCGCUCCAGAACUUCUCCAACAUGCCGCUCCACCCGCACCCCGGCGCCGGCGCCACGCCGCCCUGGAUGCUCCGCGAGCUCCGCUCCGACGAGCGCGGCCUCUGCCUCAUCCACCUCCUGCUCAACUGCGCCGCCGCCGCCUCCGCCGGCCGGCUCGACGCCGCCAACGCCGCGCUCGAGCACAUCGCGACCCUGGCCGCGCCCGACGGCGACGCCAUGCAGCGCGUCGCCGCGGCCUUCGCGGAGGCGCUGGCCCGGCGCGCGCUCCGUGCGUGGCCCGGCCUGUGCCGGGCGCUGCUGUUGCCGCGCGCGGGCCCCACGCCGGCCGAGGUCGCCGUCGCGCGUCGCCACUUCCUUGACCUCUGCCCCUUCCUCCGCCUCGCCGGGGCCGCGGCGAACCAGGCGAUCCUCGAGGCCAUGGAGUCGGAGAAGAUCGUCCACGUCAUCGACCUCGGCGGCGCCGACGCCACGCAGUGGCUCGAGCUGCUCCACCUCCUCGCCGCGCGGCCCGAGGGCCCGCCGCACUUCCGCCUCACCGCCGUGCACGAGCACAAGGACCUGCUCUCGCAGACGGCCAUGGCGCUCACCAAGGAGGCGGAGCGGCUGGACGUGCCGUUCCAGUUCAACCCGGUGGUGUCCCGCCUGGACGCGCUGGACGUGGAGUCCCUCCGCGUGAAGACCGGCGAGGCGCUGGCCAUCAGCUCCAGCCUGCAGCUCCACCGCCUGCUCGCCACCGACGACGACACCUCCUCCGCCGCCCCAGCCGACAAGGAGCGGCGUCGGAGCAGCCCGGACUCGUCGGGGCUGCUGUCCCCGUCCACCUCGCGGGCGGACGCGUUCCUGGGCGCGCUGUGGGGGCUGUCGCCCAAGGUGAUGGUGGUUUGCGAGCAGGAGGCGAGCCACAACACGGCGGGGCUGACGGAGCGGUUCGUGGAGGCGCUCAACUACUACGCGGCGCUGUUCGACUGCCUGGAGGUGGGCGCGGCGCGCGGGUCCGUGGAGCGCGCGCGCGUCGAGCGGUGGCUCCUGGGCGAGGAGAUCAAGAACAUCGUGGCCUGCGACGGCGCGGACCGCCGCGAGCGGCACGAGCGGCUGGACCGCUGGGCGGCGCGCAUGGAGGGCGCCGGCUUCGGGCGCGUCCCGCUGAGCUACUACGCGCUGCUGCAGGCCCGCCGGGCGGCGCAGGGGCUGGGCUGCGACGGCUUCAAGGUCCGCGAGGAGAAGGGCACCUUCUUCCUGUGCUGGCAGGACCGCGCCCUCUUCUCCGUCUCCGCCUGGCGCGGCCGCCGCUUCGACUGACCGCCGGCCGGCCGGCCAUGUCUGCCUGGACUCUGGGUUCGAUUUCACCACUACUAGUAGUACCACCCAUGGACAUUAGCUAGCUAGCUAGGCGUUUCAUCGCAUCGAAAAUUUCAUUUCUUCUUCUGAUUGUUUUGUUUAGUACUUUGUUGUAGACCGAACUUGGGGCAUGCAUAUGCAUGCGCUGCUUGUUUUGGGCUGAACUUGCUGCAUGCCUACGCAUGCCAUGGGUGUGUGUCUGUUGAUAGUACUGUGUAUGCCUUCCCGUUUUGGUUCGGAUUAGUGCAUAGAUUUUGGUAGGAA